AUGUAACAUUCGCAAUGGGUAUGUCCUUUCCACUUAGGAAAUGUUAUUAAAUAUGUAAGCAUCAAACCUAAUAUUGAUCCAUAAGAAAUUUUGCUUUGUAAGGCCUGUGUUUCAGAAAGAUUUGGUGGCUCUCUGGAAAACUUAAAAUAGCUAUCAGAUGUAUUAGAGGAGCUCAGGUAAAAUGGUAAUUAGUCCAAAAAUGUGCUUGAAUUCAAGGAAAAGUAGAAUUAGGAAUUUCGUCGAAUAGAAGGUAAAUUAAAUGGAAUUUUUGAGAGUCGACCAUAUCUGUCUAUUUAAAUUGGACAGAAUUCGAGUUUAUCAGACUUGAGAUAGGUUAUUUCUAAUAGCUCUCAAAAUAAAUCAAAGGAAGCAGAAUCCAUCAAAAAAGAAAUUAAUUUAUGGUAAAAAGAAUCUGAAAAAUUUUUUUUAAAUCUUUGCAAUGAUAUCAAAGCACUAAAUAGAUAAAUUGAAUAAGAAUAUAGGAAUAUUGAUAUUUCAAUAUCAGAAUAUGAAAUGAUGGGUGAAAUAUAGUAUCAUUAAAUGUUUUAAGUAUUUUUUAUUGAACCUAAUUGGGAAGACAACUAUUUAUUAAUUGUAGAAAAGUAAUCUAUUGAUAUGAUAACAUUGGAAAACGAUAAAAUAAAAUAGCAGAAAAUAAUUGAAAGUGAAACAAAAGCUAAUAUUACUUGUGCAAUUGAAGAUAAAGACCCCUCAAGAUUUUUUGUCGGUUACCAUGACGGAUCAUUUCAAGUAUGGGAAAAGAAUUUUGAUGGGAAAUAUAGAUCUUUUUAUCAAUAAAAAGACCAUGGUUCUUCUAUUCUGUCCAUUAUUCUAUGUAAAAAGCAUAAUCUAUUAAUUACAUAAAGUAAAGAGCAUAUUCACUUUUGGUAUUACGAUGGGAAAAGCUUAGGAAAGAGAAAUAUGUUCCCAUAUCAAAAUGAAUAGAUGUCAAUAGCUUACUUAAGUGUUAACUUAAACGAUUCAUUAUUAGCUGCUGUUGUUAAUGGUCAGACCAUCGCAAUUUUUUAACUUGAUUAAUGGCAAUAAUAGAUAUAACCUUUAAACAAUAGAAUUGAUUAAGAGAUUGUUGAUAUUUGCUUUAUGAAAAAUGAUGGUUUAGCUGUUUUCCUAAAAGAUUCUAAAUUUUUCCUAAUAUAUAAGUUAAAUUUCCAAAACUAAAUUUAAUUAGCGUUACUUGAAAAAUUGGACCUUAGGCCAAAAUUUUACUAAGAUAUUGGAGUGCUUUAAGUAUAAAGUGAGUAAGAAUUAUUAUUCUUCGAAGAAGAUUAAAAUAAAAAAGUAAUUGAAAAACAACGCAAAUAAAACGAUGAACAAGAAACGAUAAUUGAAAAAAUAAAGAGAAAAAAAUAAAUGGUAAGGUAUUAUAAUUUUGGGUAAAACUCACUUUAUUUAUCCCCUGAAUUUGAAGGGACAAGCUUAAAAGUUGCAAAAAUUAAAUAUCUUAAAUGA